AUGUCUGCAUUCGCCACCACCACCACCAACACCAAUCCCCGGUCCGAAUUCGAAUCCCAACGCGCCGAACUCGUGCGCGAAAUCGCCCUCGUUGGGAAUGAGUUUUCGUCCGUUGAGACGCUGUGGAGUCAGUUUGAGAAUGUCAUGGGUGCGACUGAGGAGGGGCAACAGCAACAGCAACAGACACAGGCACAACAACAACCAGAGCAGGAUAAUAGAGAUGACGGAGAGGCAGGGGGUGAUGAUGUCGACGUGAAGCGGGAGGAGGACGAGUACGAAUCGAGAUGA